AUGCUGUUCUGGCACAGCCAGCCGGAGCACCUGUGGCCCAGCCCCGGGGAACUGUAUCCCGGGCCACCAAGCAGCUUGCUCAGGGAGGCCUUGCCCUUGUCCUACCUGAAGCAGGAAGAGCCGCCCCACAUCCCCCGUGCGGAGCCGCCCUGCCCCGCCUUCCAGUACGUGCUCUGCGCAGCCACCUCGCCAGCUGUGAAGCAGCAGGAGGAGACCCUCACCUACCUGAACCAGGGCCAGUCCUAUGAGGUGAGGAUGCUCUGCAACCCCAAACUGGGCGAUGCCACCCAGGGGCCCCGGCUGCUGAAGAGUGUGGUGCGUGUGGUUUUCCACGACCGGCGCCUGCAGUACACGGAGCAGCAGCAGCUGGAUGGGUGGAGGUGGAGCCGGCCUGGGGACCGCAUCCUGGACAUAGAUGUGCCACUGUCCGUGGGGGUGAUAGAACCCCAAGUGCUACCCUCACAACUCAACACGGUGGAGUUUUAUUGGGACCCGGCCAAGAGGACCUCCCUCUUUCUGCAGGUUCACUGCAUCAGCACUGAGUUCACUCCUAGGAAAAAAGGUGGAGAGAAAGGCGUUCCCUUCCGCCUUCAGAUCGACACUUUCAAGCCCAGUGACAAGGAGCUUUCGCCGGAGCACCUGCAUUCAGCUGGCUGCCUCAUCAAGGUGUUUAAGCCCAAAGGAGCUGACCGGAAACUGAAAACUGACCGGGAGAAGAUUGAGAAACAGCCCGCGCAUGAGAGAGACAAGUAUCAGACCGCCUGCGAGAGCACAGUCUUCAUGGAGUGCUCACCUUGGCCAGAGCCCAGUUCGGGACCCCACCCGCCUCUGAGCCCUCUUGCUCUGACCUCCCCCAACUCCUGCAAGCUCCUGUCCCCGGAGAGGCUGUGCUCCUCACCACCAUUCGCCUUGGACACCCUGGGGGGCAGCCCCGCUCAAGAUCUGAACCCUGGAGCCUCCAUCCUAGAGACACAGCAGUGGUUGCAUCGGCACCGGUUCUCCAACUACUGUCGGUCGCUGGCCAAUUUCACUGGCACUGAUUUGCUGAAGCUUACCCGCCAGGACCUUAUCCAGAUCUGUGGAGCUGCCGACGGGAUCCGCCUUUUCAAUACUCUAAGAGCCAGGCCCGUCCGUCACCGGCUGACCUUGUAUGUCGCUCAGGAGGCCUCUAGGCAAGAGAACGAGGUUCCUGAGAACCCUGACGCAGGCUUUUAUCAAGAGAUCUCUCUGGAUGAACUCAGUGCUGUAGAGCUCAUGGGGAAACUGGCUGAACUGCUGGCCCUCCCAGCCAAUCAGAUCCAUCGGCUCUUCCACCAGGGCCCUGGGGGCAUCCUCAUUCUCCUCAGUGACCAGGUGGUUCAGAAUCUUGAGGAUGAGUCGUACUUUGUGGCUGUGGUGAAGAAAGUGCAGAAUCCAGAUGGCUACUACCUGGUUCUGACCUAG